GGCACAUACAUAGCUAAAAACGAAGUACAGUGCAACGCCAUAAUUCACUAAUACAUCAUAAAUCGUUGAAACUACCCGCGUUAUAACGACCAAGAGAAAUCUAACAAAUCAAGCGCCCCUUAGUACUCAAGUGUAAGCCUGCAACUCUCUAAAACAACCUAAAUGAGCUCUUACUUUGUAAACUCGUUCUCGGGGCGCUACCCAAAUGGCCCCGACUAUCAACUGCUAAAUUAUGGAACCAGCAGCGGCGCAAUGAACGGCGGGACAUACAGGGACUCUUCCUCCGCCACCAUGCACCAUGCGACGGGCUCUUAUGGCUACAGCUACAAUGGCAUGGACCUGACCAUCACCAACCGGGGAGGGGGGAGUAGCAGUGCCGCCAACACCGGAGGACACUUCGGAGGCGGCUCGGUCGUCGGGGACUCCCGGGGCUUCGGCUCCCCUGCUUCAGACAGGGGCUUCAGACAGCCGUCCAGCUGUUCCCUUGCUUCAGCGGCAGACUCCCUCCUGUCACACACCAGUGGAGAGACCAAGCGGGGCGCACAGAGCUCGUCUCCCCGCUCGGAGCAACCAGGAAGCGGUAAUCUCAGCCCUCCAAACCUGUCCAACUCCUCCGGCGGGGGUGGCGGCGGCGGCACGGUGCAGCAUUUCACCGAGCUGGGCGAUGCGUCGCCAGAGACCGAGGAGUUGCAGCACAACAGGGACGCCGGCCACGGCAGCAACCCGCCACAGAGGACCGGCAACGCUCAGGCACCACAGAUAUUCCCCUGGAUGAGAAAACUGCACAUUAGCCAUGAUAUGACAGGCCCCGACGGGAAACGGGCGCGGACGGCGUACACCCGCUACCAGACGCUCGAGCUGGAGAAGGAGUUCCAUUUCAACCGGUACCUCACGCGACGGCGACGGAUCGAGAUUGCGCACGCGCUUUGCCUCACGGAGCGGCAGAUCAAGAUCUGGUUCCAGAACCGGAGGAUGAAGUGGAAGAAGGACAAUAAACUGAAAAGCAUGAGCCUCGCCACCGCAGGCAGCGCCUUCCAGCCCUAAAAAUCAACCCAUUAAAAAAAAAGCCAUCCAUCCAUCUGUUUGGAAAUGUUACUACAGGCUUCCCAGAAGGGAAACAAGAGACAAAACAGUUUGAAAAAAUUAGGAAAACUUGAAGAAAAUCACAAAAGACAACAGGAGAAGCCAGCAAGUAAGGGCUCAAAAGAAGAAGAGGGUGAUGAAGAAACUAUCACAGAUUCCAACACUUUCCUGUUAUCGCCUGAGUAUUGUACAGCAGCACAGCACUUUUUAUUUGUUCGGCAUGGUGGUGUUUGAUGUUUUAGGGCAACAUAAAAAUGACUGUGGUACUUGCUCUUGUCAACAAAAAAAAAA